AUGGCCAUCGCAAGACCCGUGCUCGGGCUCCUCGCCCUCCUCCUCCUCGCCGGCGGAAUAGUAAUGGAUCUGCUCGUCGCCCUCUCCGGCGGCGUCCACAGCACACCCAUCAACCAAAUCUUCUUCCUCCAAGCCGACACAACCGGCAUCAACAGCGCCUCACCCAACUUCCAAAACCCAGCCCGCUGGACCUUCAACUCCAUCUGCGGUGUCCAGAACGGCCUGAACGCCAACUGCGGCCCUGUACACGCUGCGCAAUCCUUUUCGCCUGCACGGAAUUUCGGGACUACAAAUGGCCUGCCUGCUGCGCUUAGCGGUGGUAUCAAGUUCUAUUACUUGAGCAGGUUCGCCUGGGCUUUCUAUGUGGUGUCACUUUUCUUCGCCGUCAUCGCUUUCUUCCUCGGCUUCAUCGCGCUGUGCACACGACUUGGCGCGUACUUGACUGGCGCGAUGACCAUGCUCGCACUCUUCUUCCAGACUCUGACUGCAGCGCUCAUGACCGCCUGGACAGUAAUGGGCCGAAACGCCUUCCGCAAGAACGGCCAAACCGCAUCCCUCGGCAUCAAGGCCUUCGCUUUCACCUGGGCCACCAUGGGCGCCUUCCUCAUCGCCACCAUCCUGUUCUGCCUGGGUGGAAGCCUAGGCAAGAAGGAGGGCAAGGCGAAGAAGUCCUCGUACUUUGGCCGCAAGCAAAGUACGCGCAGCCGUGGCUCUUUCAUCGAUAGCGAGAGCCAGAGGCGAGUCAAGGACGAGUACGACUAA